AUGAACUAUCUCAACAUAAGCGACGCAAUCCAGGCCGUCUGUCAUUUUCUAACUGGACUAUUUCUAGCGAUUCCAUGGAUUCCAGAGAACCACGACAGCAUCGUGAGGGUAUUUAUUUAUUCUGCUUGAAAAUAAUCUUCCAAAAUGAUUCAGUUCGUCGGAGCAACUUUGAACUCGUCCUAUUUAGCCUCAUAUCCGAUAACUUGUAUCCUUUCCGCUUCUCGGGUCCUGAUAAUUCUCAAAUAUAUUCAGCCCGAUGAAAUGAGUAUUCCAAUCAAGGUGGGUAUCGUAAAAAUGAUAUUCCUUAGAAAAUUAGAUCUAAAAUGAAUAAAAAUGAAAAUGUUUUAAAUGAAAUUUUAGCCAAUUUUAUUUCCAGGUCGCCAUUUUUUUCGGUUUAUCCUACUCGUUAGCCAAUUUCCUAUGUUGCUCCAUUGACCAGAACUUUAUGUUGUCUUUGCCUGGCUGGAGUUACGACAUGAGUCGACCUUACGGUCCGCUUUUAGAGGAACUAGAAGUAUAUGAAUCUCUGGGUAGCCUCGGAAUAUCCUACAUCGCUCACAUGAUCAUUUUGGGCAAUAUUUAUAUGGUAAGUACAGUAGAAAAUGGAGGAAAUCCUUGAAAGUUCAAAGGAAGAGCCGAAAUCUCUAGAAACAAGAAAAGUGUUCGAAGCGUCGCGGACAUGAAGUUGAAACAUCUCGUAGACACUUUCAAAGAUGCACCAAAUGGAGUUUUCAGAACAAGAAACAGUUUCCGUCCUCGAGGUCCAGAACUUCUGAGCUUCGGAUUUUCUUCCAAUCCACCAUUCUGACUUUGUACAUAACCGCCUCUUUGGUCGUUUGGCAUCACAUCGAUUGGUUUCCCGAAAGUAACACGAUAAUAGCAAUUAUUCACACUUCCUGGCUUCUCAUCACUUAUUUGAACCCCGUUCUCCUGCUGGCUUUCAACUCGUCAGUUUUAAAACUAUCGAAGAAAACUAAACUGGGGAGAAAAGAGCCGAGAAAACAAUAAAUUCACGAUCAAGAUUUAAAAAAAAGCUUGCUUGGGAGCCACUAAAAAACGGACAGAGAUCUCAAUUUUCUGAGUUUCAAAAUUCGGAAGUUUUUUUUUUCGUACUGUCAGAUUCAUUCUCCCAUGAAAAAAACAAAUAGAUAUUUUUUUAAAAAAAUUUUUCGUUUUAUUCUCGAACUAUCUCCUUAAAUCUUCCUUAUUAAAGCUGUUUUUGCUUCAGUUUAGGGACCGCAAAGCCACGCCCCUUUUCGCGAUAGAAAAAGUGGCUUUUUUUGGUUUUCAACUUUCAUUUUGUUGUAGUUGCAAAAAUAUGUGGAACUGGCGAAUAAAAAUUUGACACACAUGUACAGAAAAAGCUUCCUCUUUCGUUUAAAAAAAUAUUUCACGCUUUUUUUGAUGCGUUCUCGCGGAAUGUCGUACAAAAAAACGUGAAUGGAACUAAAAAAAUUUUUGUCAUUUUUUUGCUUUUUUUCAUGUGUUUUCAGGUCGAACGCACUCUUUCUUUUUUUAAAUAAUGAUUUUGAUUCAAGUAACGAAAAAUUUUAAAACAAUAAAAAUAAAAAAAUUCGUCUUUGCCAAAAAAAUUUUAGGGAGCGCCGAAAGUCAUAAUUCAAAAAUAUCGUUAAUAAGCGAAUAUAAUCAAGUUUUUUUGUUUUUUUAAAAAAAUUUAGAUCAUGGCCUUACUUAAAUUUUUUUUCUUCACAGUAUCUGUGCUUGAAAUAGUUGUUUAAUACGCAAAAAAAUGCUCUUGAAACUAGAGAAUAAAAAUUAGCGGCGUUUAUCACACAAAAAAAGCGGUCGAACGCAGGUUUUUUUAAACAAUUAUAUACAUUUAUUAGUGAAAAAAAUCUUUCAAUUAAAAAGAAUAAAAAUAAAAAAAUUCGUCUUUGCCAAAAAAAUUUACGGGGCCGUUUUUAAGGCAGCGAUCGUUAAACGAGGAAAAAAAGCACUAAAAAAACAGUUUUUUUCGAAGUGAAUUUUCACGGAAAGUUUGAGUAAAGAUUUGCGAACAUAUUCUGAUAAAAAAAUAGCUGAAUUACUUCAAGUUUUUUUAUUUUUUUGAAAUAGGCAAUCUGUGCUAUCUAAACGGCUCAAGGGUAAGGCGGAUGGAAGCUCCCCUUGCUAGACCUAGCAGCUUUGGCGCAGCGCGUGCGCUGCGAAUUUUCAUUUUGAGGUCGCGAGUUCGAUGCCCGCAAGCGUCAGUUUUUUUGUUUUCUGGAAAAAUACCGACUUUUUUUCGGCAAACUAGCUGAUGAGCAUCAUUUUAGCACUCUAUUAUGAUUUGUUACAUCAUAAUAGACCAGUAUCAAAACUUGUUCUAGAAGAAAAAAAUCGAGAAAAAAAUGUCAAAAUGGAUAAUACCAAAAUUUCAGUACUAAAAAAAUGGUGCGCGGCGCGCCACAUUUUUCGUCAUAACUUUUUUCAUCCUCAAUCUUUUUCGAAAAACUAAACGGUUCUGAGUUUUGAAUCGAAACAGCUAUCAAACCAUACAAAGCUCAAUGCUGAAAAAAAUUUUUUGAAAAUUGGUCUGCGGUCCCUAGCUUCAGUUUCUCAUAAAAACCAAUUUUCAGAACGGUUCGAAACGAAGCGAUUUUCCUAUUAACGAGACGAAAAACAUCCCAAAACGCCACGAAAACGACCGCCGUUGUUAAUUUAUCUAUCGCUUCGAGAGACGUUUACUAAUGAGAUUAAUUAAGAAAGUUAUUAAUAAAUUACCUAGACAGGAAAAACAAAUUGUUUUUCACACCGUGUCACGUUUUUUUUUCGUGAUUUUUCAUUCUUAAGCCAUGACUUCAGACAUCGAAAUGUUAGUCAUCGGAUCCAUUUAUAUUUUCUUCAGUUCAAUCAUUAUUCCUUUGAUUUUAUUGGUCAUAUUUGUGAGUUUUUACCUUAUAUGAUCUACAAAUAGCUUUUCGUUCUUAACACAAAAAGGAUUGUCGCAAAAAUCGGCUUUCAAAUUUUAUUUGAAGCCUCACUGCGCCUUUAAAAACCUCAAAUUUUUUAUGAAUGAACUAAUCGCCCAUAAUAACUUCUGACAUCAUUUUCCAGGUCCUACUUUCAAAACGGGAGUUCAGAUUGAAUUAUUCCUACAGAAUGAUCAACUUCUUGAACAUUUGUGACUUGGGACAAGCUGUUGGUCAUCUUCUCACCGGCAUUUUUGUCAUAUUUCCCGAAUUUUCAAAAGAAAACGAUGUUUAUAUCCGGGUAUGACUUCUUUUUAACGAUUUAUCCUUUUCCUCAUAACCAAUUAAAAAUCAUAAAACCUCAAAAAAUGGCUCAAAAUAUCGUGAUUGUUCUGCACUUUGGCGUUUGAAUCCAGGUUCUAUUCAAAGUACGAACUCAAAAGUGCGCCCAACCUUGGACGACUUUUCUCUCUUUAUGCUAAAUAAUGCCACCAAGCGCAAGUAGUUUUUAGUCGCGAACCUUGAAAAAUUUCUCAAAAAUGGAAAAAAAAACCGCUUCUUGACCGCGCCUUGGAACAUUCCCAAUGUGGAAUUUCAAUUUUCAAAAAAAAAACAGUCAAUUAUUUUGAUUGGUUCUAAACUUUUCAGCUGGUCGGAUCAACUUUUAACUGGUUCUACUUGGCAACAUUCCCGGUCGUUUUCACUUUGGCAGCUUCGAGAGCCCUGAUAAUUUCGAACAUUGUCCACUGUACCCAAAUCAGCUAUCAUAUCAAGGUGAUAUAAAUUUGGUUAGAAUUACUCACAAAGAUUUAUCUUACGAUAAAAACCACUUGUAGAACAUUUGAGAGCUGUUAUCUCCUCUUAAAAGCUUCGAAGAGAUUAAAAUUAAUGAACGAAUUCAAUAAGUUGGUAUUUUCCAUUGACCCUUCUUAUUACGAAAAAAAUGAACAAGGUACUUCAAAAAAUCAAGUUUUGAGUAUCAUUAUUAUCAACAAAAAUGUCUCAGUACUUCUGAAUUUUCUGUUGAAAAUAUUCUAAUUAAAAGUUUUGAUCCUACCCCUUACCUUACAAAGUUCGAAAAAAAUGUUUUAUGAAAAACUGAGGCCUUAUUUAUACAAUAAUUUGAGGAAAUAUAUCAAAAUCUGCCGCAUUUUCAUCACGAUAUCUACAAAAACAAUAAAUUUCAGGUUGUUCUAACCAGCGGAUUUAUAUUCUCCUCAAUCUACUGGUUUUUCUGCUCAAUAGACCAGGAUUUCAAGUUAUCCCCACCGAGUUGGGAGUACGAUUUUCAACGUCCUUAUGCGGCAUUUUUGGAACGGCUCGAAUUUUUCGCGACGCUUCUAAUUACCUUAUUUUCCUUCAUUGCUCAUAUGAUAAUCCUUCAGAGUAUUUAUAGGGUAUUCAUUGAAUUUUAGAAAAAAGUUCUCAGUCGUAAAUGACAACAUAAGUUAGCCUUUUGGAGCAUUUUGCUUGAUUUUUAUUUUAAGAUGUUCGUUUUUUCUUACCGAAUGCCAAAAAUGAAUUUUUUUUUUUUGACAAUUUCGACUCUUUUUUUGCAGAACAGGAAAUCGACCACCUCCUCGGCGUCACGAAAAUUCGAAACGGCAAUUUUUAUUCAUUCUACAAUCGUUACGGUUCAUCUGACUAUUCUGAUUAUUGCCUGGCACAAUUUAGGUUGGCUUUUUUCUAACUUAAAAAAACCUGGUACGAAAAAAACAGAACACGUGACCGAAUAAACUAAGAGAAGAAUCUAACAAGGACAAACUCUAAAAAUGAAAAAAAUCGAAUCUUAAAAUUGUUCGAUCCUUACAAUGAGGGUCAUUUUAAUUCGCACUCAAAAAGUUUCCUAAAAAAUUGGCCAGAACACUUCUUGAUAUACCAAAUAAAUGUUCUGAAAGUCUCAACCUAUGAAACUUUCUAGAUUUUGAGAAAUGAGGACUCAAAGACCAAAAAUGGCUUCCAAGGAGCGUUCUCGCAAAUUUUCUUGAAAUUCCCAACCGCAAAGCAAAAUGAAUUUUCUUUUAAGCUUUUUGUUUGCGAGGACUAAAAAAAGAGGUUAUCUCAAAAAUAAUCAAUAAUUCAGAAUAUUUCUCCUACAGUACCGAAUCUCUUGUCGUGACUCAUAUGAUGUGGCUCGCCUUAUCUUAUUUGAACCCGAUUCUUCUUCUUUCAUUCAAUUCGUAGGCUUUUAUUCUCUUAAUUUGUUAGUUGAUAAAACCUUAUCUCCAUAAAAAAAAACUCAGUCGUUCAAAAAAUUUAUCUGAGCAAGUAAAACUGCUUUUAUGUUGGGAAUACAGUGAUGAAAGUCUCAAAAUAUUAGUUUUUUUAGUUGGAAUUGAACCAGGAAAAACUCUUUAAAAAAAUUUACAAAUUUUUUUCGUGAUUCAAAAAUGAAAUUUUUGAUUCAAAAAAAUUUCCUAGUAUUUUUUUCUCUGUCAAAUCUUCUAAUUUAGUGAUGUUGAACGAAUUCAGAUUCUUAACACAUUCCUUAUGCAUUUCUCAAAUUGAUAACAGUUUUCAAAAUAUUUUAAUAGUUCUCUCUUCUCAGCCAACUACAAAUCAAUCGAUAAACUUUAAAACUAAUCAAUAAGUUUCAGAACCUUCCGAAAAGAGCUUCUGACCGUCCUGGGCCUUCAAAGCCGAUUUUUGGGCUAUCAACCACGACUUUUGACCAACCGAAUGCUCACUUUCAAUACAUGA